AUGAAAAAGAGCACACAGGAUGAAGCUGUGGGGAGAAGGUUCAAGAUCACAAUUCCUUAUGGGAUGAAGUAUAAUAAGAAAUGGCUAAUGAAUUCAAUCCUGAGCCAUUGCUGUGUACCCUUUACACCAAUUGAUUUCCACUAUAUCAAAAAUCGGGCCCAAUUCUUUGUCCAGGAUGCUAGUGCUGCCUCUGCAUUGAAAGACGUCAACUGCAAAAUUUGUGAUGAGGAAAAUCAAAAGAUAUCUAUCUUUGUCAAUCCCUGUACUGAACUGAAUACCUUGCAGAAUAAAUUCACUCCAGAAAAAAUGGAGAAGCUAAUGCUGACGAUGAACAAACGAUAUGAUGUCUCACAGCAAGCCCUUGAUCUCCAGAAGCUCCGCUUUGACCCAGACUUGAUGGAACAUGACAUUGACAUGAUCCUAAACCGAAGACAGUGUAUGUUUGCUACCCUGCAGAUCAUUGAAAGGAAUUUCCCUGAGCUGUUGUCCUUGAACUUGUGUAACAACAAACUAUACUGGCUGGAUGCCCUGUCUGACAUUGUAGAGAAAGCCCCCCAAGUCAAGAUACUGAACCUCUCCAAAAAUGAGCUGAGGACCUCCAAGGAGUUGGUCAAGCUGAAAGGGAUGAAGCUGGAAGAGCUAUGGCUAGAAGGGAACCCCUUGUGCAGUGACUUCCCAGAGCAGUCUGCUUAUGUAAGUGCUAUCCAGGAUUGUUUCCCCAAUUUGUUACGCCUGGAUGGCCAGGAGUUACCAGAAUCAAUUGGAAUUGACAAUGAAACACCUGAAAUAAUAAAACCUUGUAAGGAAAGCUAUAAAGGAUGUGAUAAUCUGAAGAGUCUAGUAUUGCAAUUCCUGCUUCAGAAUAGCUUGGAAGAGUAUUUCAAGGAUAAUAGAAAUAUAAAGAAGCACAAGGACCCCUUUCUGCGGAUGCAGCUGCUAAAGCACACAAAAUGUGACAUUGUGAACUGCCUCAUUGUAUUGCCCAAAACUCAGCAUGAUUUUAACUCCUAUGUGAUAGACCUAUGUGUCCAGACAGACAUGAUGCUCUGUUUUUCUGUCAAUGGGUUGUUCAAGGAAGUGGAAGGAAAGUCUCAGGGUUCUGUUCGUGCCUUCACCCGGACCUUCAUCUUAACUUCUGUCAGCAAUUCCAGUCUGUGCAUCGUGAAUGAUGAGAUGAUUGUGAGGAAUGCCAGCCCCAAAGAGACCCAGAGCGCCUUCUCCAUCCCCAUGCUUACACCCUCCUCCAACUAUGUGCCUGACCUCUACCAGGAGCAGCAGGGAAUAGCACAGCCUUUCUCCACCAAGUCUGAGAUGCAGAGCCUUGAGCGCUCUCAGAAGUGCCUUGAAGACAAGGAGGAGAACUAACCAGAGUUGGUCAGGUCUUCACUGUGUUCCAGGUCAAGAAUCCAGAGGAGGCCUUGAAUGUCAUUUUCCUUUUAAUCCACAUUAUUGUGUCUCUCUUACUAACUUACGACCAUGCCCA